ACCCCAUGACAUCACGCGCUCCUUCGACGUCAUUCAACGCACACACCAGAUAUAUAUUCCGCGUCCAACGCGACAACAUGUAGCAAGCAUGAGUGACAAGUACACCGACGACAAAAUGCGACCCUCGGCGAAUACGUCACGCACAGGAAACUACCCUCCGCAAGGGGACACCACAUCGUCGGGAGGUUAUGGUGCAUCGAACACGUUCUCGCCCAGAAUACAGCGCGGCGUUGAUGUGUUCGCUGAUUCAGACAACUCUGCGAGCACUCAUCCUGCUACAACUGCAAUCCAGCAGAGUACGACGGGUACAGACCUGAGUGGGGAGAUGCAGGACGCGCAGCAAGGGGUGGAUCGGGACGCAAGAGCAGCAUUCCAGGAACGUCCUGGUGGUCGAUCGCUUCGAGGAGGGGACGACGGAGCAUCACUGGAUAGCCGCGAGGAGGCGGAGGCGGCACUGAGGGAUCGAUACGCGCUCUCAGGAGUAAUGCCUGAGUCGGACUGAGGAGGGGGGGAAGGGGCAAGCAGGUGUUCGAGGUUGGGUUGGUGGACUUUUAUAAAUUGGCAGCCCUGGAGGAGGUCCGGAUACAUACAUACAUAUGUGAACUUACGCGAGCGUUCCAAUGCCGCAGAUCAAAUGAAAGGAAGCUCGACG